CUGGGCCAGGCGCUGGCCGUGAGGGCUCCUGCCAGGUCUACCCCACCUGUGGGCAUGGCCGUCGGCAGAGGAUAGAAGCCACCGACAGGCUCAAAUCCCUGCUCCUGCCCCCUCUUACCCCCCAGUAACCAAGCCCAGCAUUGAGGCUGGGCGCUGGCACCCAGUAGGUCUGAGUCUUUCAGGUAGAAGGUGGAAGCGUAGGCCAGGUGUGCAGUGAGUGGCACAGGUGAGCGGCGCUGGGAAGCCAGAGCGUGUGGGCCGGGCCGUGAGGACAGCGUCCUCACUGGGGUGGCAGUUGGCUUGGAGGUCACCUGGGGCUCGCUUAGCUAACAGGAGAGGGUGCUUAUUCCCCGCAUUCGUGGUGGUCCCUCCUGGUCACCCAUUGAAGCAGUGUUUGUGGUGGAGCCCCUGAGGGCUUGGUAGGGUUGAGCAGAAUGAGGGAAGUUUUCCUGGAGCAGGGAGGGAGACAGCUAGGGCAGCAAGUGAAGGACAGACUCGCCUUCCCAUCCCUCCAGGGGCACUCCUGCCAGCCAGCCCCUCCCCCGCUUCCCACGAUGGGGUGGCUGUUGGAAUUCUGCACCUCAUCUCUUCUGAUUGUCGGGGCCCAGGACAAGGGGACUGGUGUUUGUGGGCCUCACCCCCCCAGGCUGACAGGAGGAGGAAGCCAUGUCCCAGCAGGCUAGGACAGAGGGACCCCCAAUGCCAACAGUGCUUUAUCAGCGGGUGCCAGGCAAAGCCAUCCCCAGGGUGAGGACAACAUCUCCCUGGGCCCUGUUAUCAGUCACAGAGUCCACAGGACGCUCCUUGGGUUAACGUGUAACCAUGAGCCCUCCCCUCCACCCCCUGAAGCCACUGGCUCCCAGAUUAGGUCGUUCUGGGGGUAUCAGGCCAGCAUGGACGCUGGCAAAGUGGGGCAGACCCUGAAGACUCACUGCUCUGCCCAGCGCCCAGAUGUCUGCAGGUGGCUGAGCCCCUUCAUCCUCUCCUGCUGCGUGUACUUCUGCCUCUGGAUUCCCGAGGACCAGCUGUCCUGGUUCGCUGCCCUGGUCAAGUGCCUGCCCGUCCUCUGCCUGGCCGGGUUCCUGUGGGUCAUGUCCCCAAGCGGGGGCUACACCCGGCUCCUCCAGGGAGCCCUCGUGUGCUCGGCUGUGGGGGACACCUGCCUUAUCUGGCCUGAAGCCUUCCUCCCUGGCAUGGCCGCCUUUGCCACCGCCCACCUCCACUACGUCUGGGCCUUCGGCUUCUCUCCCCUGCAGCCCGGCCUGCUGCUGCUCAUCAUCCUGGCCUCCAGCCCCUACCUCAGCCUUGUGCUCCAGCACCUUGAGCCGGAUAUGGUCCUGCCGGUGGCAGCCUAUGGGCUGAUCCUGAUGGCCAUACUGUGGCGCGGCCUGGCCCGGGGCGGGAGUGCCGGCUGGGGCGCGCUGCUCUUCACACUCUCUGAUGGCGUGCUGGCCUGGGACACCUUCGCCCAGCCCCUGCCCCAUGCCCGCCUGGUGAUCAUGACCACCUACUAUGCUGCCCAGCUCCUCAUCACACUGUCAGCCCUCAGGAGCCCGGUGCCCAAGACUGACUGACUAGGGAGCUUGAAGGGCCGGUGUUCAGGCCCUGUCCUCCUGCAAGGACCUGGGCCUCCCAGACCAGCCCAGCCUGAGAAAUACCCUCAGCAGCAAAGCUUCCUGACGCCCGUCUGCAGGUGCCGCUGCCGCCGUCGCUUCUGGCUGAAGACAUCUGAGGACGAUUUGCGGAAUUCCAAGUCCACUGCUGGGUUCCAGCUGCCUUCCUCCGGUUCUGACUCCAGAUUCCUGGCUCCUCAGCCAGGCCCACAUGCAGCCCUCCCAGCCACCAGCCUGCCUCCGUGUUCGCUGUUGGCCCCACAGCCUGCCCGCCCCCUGCUGCUGCUCUAUCGUUUUCCUUGUGGGUGUGGAACUGCAGAUGUUGCUGUUACCGUAGGAGAGGCCUCGGGGAGGGUCAUCAUUGUGAUAGACCAUCGCGGUUAAUGACAGCGGACGGUUCUUGGUCGCUCCCCAUGGACCAGGCCUGGUGCCCAGUCGGACCCUCCAUGGCCCUCUGGCCGGGGGGGAUUCGAGGGGAUAAAGUGAGGAUUGUGCAGAACUGAGCCAAGAGGACUGUUUGGUCUCUAUGUUAGUUUCCUGGGGCUGCUGUCACAAAUUACCCCAAGCCAGAUGCUUUGAAACAAGAUGAAUGGACUCUCCUGCAGUUCUGGAGACCCAAAGUCCAAAAUCGGUGUUUUCCGGCCCAUGGCCCCUCUUGAGGCUCUAGGGAAGAAUCCGUCCUUGCCCUUUCGGCUUCUGGAGGCUCCCAGGAAUCCCUGGCUUCCCUCGGCCUGUGGCUGUAUCUCUGUGUCUUCAUGUGACUUGUCUUCAUCUGGCAGCCUCCCUCUGUGUCUGCAUCCUUCUAGGGACACAGGUCAUUGGAUUUAGGGCCCACCCUAAACCCAGGGUGAUUCCAUCUCAAGAUCCUUAAGUAUGUCUGCAAAGCCCCUAUUUCUAAGUAGUGUCACCUGCAGAGGUACCUGGGGUUAGGACUUGGACAUAUCUUUCUAGGGGACACAACCCGCUGCAGUCACAUGCAGUAUCAGGAGAGGGGUUGGAGGCUUGAGGAUGAGGGGUAUUGGAGGAGGGAGGGCGGCAAGGGGGUAGGAAUCAAAUGGGAAGGAGGAACCCAGCUGUGCUCCUUGUCAAGGCGGUGUGACCUUGGCAAGCUGCUAUCCCUCUCUGGUCCUCAGAUUCUGCAUCUCUAGACUUGACAGGGUCCAAGCUGCUCUCCAAGACCCUAUUUGACUUCUGCAUCCAUGAUGUGCUUUCAGUGACUCAUAGCAGAGAGGCGACUUCUCCAUCCAUGGUCAGCAUUUAGAGACUCUUACAGCAGAGAGGUGACCUCUCUAUCCAUGGUCAGCAUUUAGAGACUCUUACAGCAGAGAGGCGACUUCUCCAUCCAUGGUCAGCAUUAGAGACUCUUACAGCAGAGAGGCGACCUCUCUAUCCAUGACCUGCAUUUAGCGACUCUUAGAGCAGAGAGGUGACUUCUCCAUCCGUGACCUGCAUUUAGGGACUCAUAGCAGAGGCAACUUCUCCAUCCAUGGCCAGCAUUUAGGGACUCUUACAGCAGAGAGGUGACUUCUUCCAUGACCUGCAUUCAGGGACUCAGAUGUGAGAGUACAGAGGUGGGAAGGGAAGGUGGGGAGCCUGGAGGAUGGGGACCAGGAAGGAAAGUGAGGACAGGAAUCCACAGUUGGAGUGAGGAGAAGUGGAAGCUGAGGGAUUUCCUUGAGGAAAGAUUGGACUCAGGUUUGAAACCUCCACUUCCUCCUCAUCGCCUACCCUCUCCACUCAGACCUGAUGAAAGGCGGGGAAAGAGGAAAUUGCACAGUGAAGUGCAGCAGGAGGGAUGGGGGUCUGGGUGUGCAGAUUCCAGGGGCACGUGGGGCCUGCAGACAUGAGGGAUUCCUGGAGGUGAGGGAGGAGGCUGGAGCCUGGACUCCUGGGUCUGAGGGAGGAGGGGCUGGGCCUGGACUCCUGAGUCUGUGGAAGAAGGGACUGGGGAUCUGGACUCCUGGGUCUGAGGAAGGAGGUGCUGGAGCCUGGACUCCUGGGUCUGAGGGAGGAGGGGCUGGAGCCUGGACUCCUGGGUCUGAGGGAGGAGGGGCUGGGGGCCUGGACUCCUGGGUCUGAGGGAGGAGGGGCUGAAGCCUGGACUCCUGGGUCUGAGGGAGGAGGGGCUGGGCCCAUAAUCCCUGGUGUUUGGGGAACAUUCUGGCUUUUGGUCCCUGGGCUCUGUGGGGUUGGCUGUCCAGAGCGACGGGACGCUGCUCUCCUGUCGGCAUCCAGCAGCCCCAGCGUCCUGUCCCUCCUCCCUGAUUCUGGCCCCCCGACGACCUUUCGUCUGACUUUUCAGAGGUCUGCUUUCUCAUGAUCUGAUUGGUGUUUCUCUAAAGUGGAACUCUCGGAGGUGCUGCGCACAUCCCCCUCAGGCUCCUUCCAGCCCUUCCAGGACUCAGACCUGGGGCAAGGGGCAAAACGCCGGCUCUGUCUUCUCUCGCAAGCCAGGGUGGCUGGUGGGGAUGAGGCGGGUGGGACUCAGCAGCCUUCAUCCCGAUCCUGCAGGUCAGACUACCGUGGGUCUGAUUCUCCAUCUGGUCCCUUCCCAGGCCCUCUGGACCACCACAGAGGCCACAGCCGCAGGUUAGUGACCCCAUCAGCCUCCAUCCUGCACGUCUAGGAAGGGCCAUGGGGUUCUGUCUUCUGUUCACUGCAGAGCCUUCUCCCCAUGUCUCAGCCCCCAAGGCAGACAGAAUCAUGAGUGUGGAGGCUCGGACCUCCAGCUCCAUCACCCUGAGCUGGGCAGCCCCCGGGCCCAGACCGGCAGACUUCCAUCUGCUGGGUCCAGGGGCAUGGCCAGCAGGAACAAACACGUCAGACUGCUGGCUAGUGGUGGAGGGGCUUCAGCCUGGGACCCUCUACACCUUCUCUGUGUGGGCCAAGAAGAAAGGAAUAGGUGGUCCCAGGGAUGUCCUGAGCACGUCUACAGGUAAGAGAGGCCACCUUUCCACUGCCCAGCAACAUGUGGGUGUGUGUGCACGUGCAUAUAUGUGUGUGCAUGUGUGUGCGUGUGUGGGUGUACAUUUGUAAAGUGCCGGGCUGUGCACUUUAUUCUCAUGAUUAGAGCCACAAACAAACAUUAUCAAAUGACUCUCUUUCCACAUUCCCAAACUAGUCCCUGGCCUGGUCAUGCAGGCUCAGACCACCAGCUCCCUCACCCUGAGGCCCCCGCAGGCCCAGACCCCAAGACCUGCCCCUACUGGUCACUGGGCCAAUGACUCCUCAGACAUCAGGGUGCCUGUGGAGGGCCUGGCUGCAGGGACCCAGUACCCUAGCAUGUGGGCCGGGAAGCAUGAGGUCAACAGCCCCAGCCAGAUGCUCACAGAGGCCAUAGGCGAGGGAUGAGAGCACUCUGGGCUUGGGGACUAGGAGGCCUCAGGAGGCCUCUGGCAUCUGGGCCCCACUGAUAGGGUGCAUCCCUCCAUAGCUAGCAGGGCUGUGGGAAGGAGGGGAUGCUUUCCUUUGCCCUGGAGGCCCAGGGACUGUGGGGUGUGGUCUGUGAAGCAGCUUCACUGUGCACUGGUUACCAACUCGCCAGAGUCUGAUGAGACAGUACGCCACAUGCAAAAAGUUACAUGAAGUGGGCUUGUUACAGAUGGGCAGCAAGGGACAGCAGAAGCCCAGGGUCCAUUGUGAGGUGGUCCCAAGGCUUAGGAAAGUGGCCUAGGGAGGAUAGGGUCACAACUGUGUGUGCCUCACUUGUAUGGCAGCUGAGGGACCCCAAAAAGUACCCAGCCGUGGGUUUUCUACUCUGGGGGAAACCUGAGUCACUGGGCUCAAGCAUUGAAAGGCAUCCUGUUUCUAGGGCAGGCGGGAAUGGAGCCCAGGCUGCCUGGCCAGUCCCUUCAUAGCUCGGGAUGCUGCAUUCCCAGCACAUUCUACAGUUACUCUUGAGAACUACAAGUAAGAGACAACUGGGUCUGUUUAAGGCCACUCAGAUAACCUUCCUGCAGGAACGCUGACCCCUUCCCUUCCUUUCCUUGCCCAGCCAGGUCAUGGAUCUGAGGAUACAGGCUCAGACCCUGAGUUCUGUCACACUAAGGUGUAUAUCCCCCCCGGGCCCAGACCCCCACACCUACACCUACUGGGUCCAGUGGGCAGGGACCACAGCCCCCAGUGGGACCAGAAGUGUGGCAGAGAUGGGGUCAUGGUGGAGGCCCUGGAAUCUGGGACUUCAUAAACCUUCAUUGUGUGGGCUGAAAGGCGCGGUGGGUCACGCCUGAAAUCCCUGCAUUUUGGGAGGCUGAGGCAGGCGGAUCACCUGAGGUCAGGAGCUCGAGACCAGCCUGGCCAACAUGAUGAAACCCUGUCUCUACUAAAAGUACAAGAAAAUUAGCUGGGCGUGGUGGUGCAUGCCUGUAAUACCAGCUACUCAGGAGGCUGAGGCAGGAGAAUCACUUAUUCUCCUGGGAGAUGGAGGUUGCAGUGAGCCAAGAUCGCACCACUGCGCUCCAGCCUGGGUGACGAGCAAAAUUCCGUCUCAAAAAAUAAAUAGUCGGUCACGGUGGCCCAUGCCUGUAAUUCCAGCACUUUUGGGAGGCCAAGGCAGGCAGAUCAUGAGGUCAGGAGUUCAAGACCAGUGUGGACAACAUGGUGAAACCCUGUCUCUACUAAAAAUACAAAAAUUAGCCAGGCGUGGUGGCACAUGACUGUAAUCCCAGCUACUUGGGAGCCUGAGGCGGGAGAAUUGCUUGAAUUCGGGAAGUGGAGGUUGCAGUGAGCCUAGAUCGUGCCACUGCACUCUAGCCUUGGUGACAGGGUGAGACUCUGUCUCAAAAUAAAUAAAUAGCCUGGUGUGGUGGCUCACGCCUGUAAUCCCAGCACUUUGGGAGGCCGAGGCGGGUGGAUCACCUGAGGUUGGGAGUUAGAGACCAGCCUGACCAACAACAUGGAGAAACCCCAUCUCUACUAAAAAUACAAAACUAGCCGGGUGUGGUGGUGUAUGCCUGUAGGAUCGCUUCAACCCAGGAGCCGGAGGUUGUGGUGAGCCAAGAUUGCACCAUUGCACUCCAGCCUGGGCAACAAGAGUGAAACUCCAUCUCAAAAAUAAAAUAAAUUUUCUGCAUCUUAGCAGGUUCUCCUGUCUCCCCUCCAGUUUGUACCCCCCUUCCCCAAGAGUGACCAGUCUCCUGAUCUUUAUCAUCGUAAAUUAGUGUAGUCUGUCCUUGAACCUUCUCUAAGUGGAAUUAUAUAGUAUGUAGUUAUUUGAUUCUGGCUUUCUUCACUCAACAUUGUGGAUGAAAUGUGGAUCCAUGCCGUGUGUUUUUAUUUUUAUUGCUGCGUAGUAUUUAUCAUAUGAAUGUAUUCCAAUUUAUUGUUUCAUCCCUGUCUUCAUGAACAUUUUAUGUUUCUAGUUUUGGGCUACUGUGAAUAAAGCUACCAUGAACA